GCAGUUGGCCGGCAAACCACCUCGACGGCUUCAUUAGGUCAUCCUUCCCACAUUUAGUUGUUCCUACAGCAGACAACAGUAUGCGCGGUGGUCUCCAUCCGUACACCGCUGAUGACGUUUUUACACUCGUUCAUCAUUUUUGGUGGUCCGAAAAAAAGUAAAACAGCGUAACAAAUGAAGCUACUGAAAAGCUUCAUUCGGCAGAACAUUUGUCUGGUUGAGUGUCUGGAGUCUCUUGUGCGGCACACGUAGCACUUUGCGCUUAUCAUUGUAAAUCUAGGUCUAGUCUGGAGGUAGCUAUGCGCACGAUCGCAUCGUUCACGUUUUGGGCGCACUAAAGCAGAACGACUCUCUACAUUGCAAUUUAAAAGAAUGGCAUCGUUGCUUACUGCGAAGAAUCUGUUUUUUGUGCUAGUGUUUUCGUUGAUCGGCCUCACCUACUGGAUAGUGACAGUGGAACGUGACCCCUCCAACGAUACUGCUGCCUUAGAAGAGGAGCUCAUGCUGAGCAAUGCUAGAGAUCCAGCACGUGUUUUCGAUCCGAACGGAACUCCGGGAGAUAUGGGACUGCCGGUGAUCUUGCCAGAAGAAUUGUCCCCCGAGGUAAGCGCACUCGUGCGCAAGGGUUGGAAUGAACAGGGACUCAACCAGUUCGUUUCUGACAUGAUCCCGCUACGCCGAAGACUUCCGGAUGUACGGGAUGGUUGGUGUCGAAGUGAAGAGCAAGCGAGAAGAGAACGUAACAUUGGACCAGGAACAUUGCCACCCUCUGCAAUAGUGAUCGUGUUCUACAACGAAGCCUGGUCGGUGUUGCUGCGUACCGUGCAUUCGGUCAUCGACAGGACACCGACCGAGCUUAUCGACGAGAUUGUGCUUGUAGACGACUGCUCCACAAUGAGCCACCUAAAAGACCAGCUGAGUAGCUACAUAGCCUCACUGGACAAGGUACGCUUGGUCCGAUCCUCCGAACGGAUGGGUCUUAUCAGGGCGAGGCUGUUUGGGGCGAAAUCGACCACGUCUAAUAUCAUCACAUUUCUCGAUGCUCACUGUGAAGUUAUUGAAGGUUGGCUGGAAGCGUUAAUCGCCCACGUUGCGUCAGACGAAACGAUGAUCGCCAUACCGGCUAUUGAUUGGAUCCACGAGGACACGCUUGCCUUAAACGCACAGAACUCAGUCAAGUACUUUGGUUCGUUCGAUUGGUCCCUCAACUUCCAGUGGCGAGCCAGAGAGCAACGGAUAAAAUCCGCAUCCAAAAACGGUACCGUUUUCAUCCAUCCGGCUGCGCCCUACGACACACCCACCAUGGCUGGAGGACUUUUCACGAUUCACCGAACGUAUUUCCAGCGACUCGGCUGGUACGAUGAAGGAAUGGAAAUCUACGGCGGUGAGAACAUGGAACUUUCCUUCAAGGCGUGGAUGUGCGGUGGAAAGCUCCAGAUAGUGGCCUGCUCUAGGGUAGCACACAUCCAAAAGCGUGGCCAUCCUUACUUGCGCGAGAUCGUUGGAGGUCUGGCGCUGGUCAGGCGCAAUUCAAUACGGCUCGCAGAGGUGUGGUUGGACGAAUACGCAGACUAUUACUACGAAACGUUUGGAGGACGUUCGAAGCGCGGUAACUUCGGGGAUGUAUCGGCACGGAAAGAAUUGCGUCGACAACUUCAAUGUAAACCGUUCCGCUGGUACCUCGAGCACGUCUUCCCGGAACAGUUCGACCCGAGCAGGGCUGUAGCUCACGGAGAGAUACGUUUCGAAGGUAAGACUCAGUAUCCGCUGUGUCUCGAUUGGCCAACACAACUGGCACUGGUCGGAUGUCAUGGUACCGGCGGUCACCAGCUUUGGUACCUCACGAAGCAAGGUGAGGUGAUGCGAGAUGACAACUGCCUCGAUUACGAUGGGAAGGCGCUCACAAUGUACCGAUGUCACGGUAUGGGAGGCAAUCAAGCGUGGAGCUGGGAUCCGGAAACGAAGCUGCUCAAAAAACUCUUCUUCGACCGUUGUCUGCAAUGGGAUCGGGACUUUUCGCUUCAAGUUUGUGAUCCGAAUGAACCGAACCAGAAGUGGAUGAUGCACAACUUCAAACCAAACAAUCUGUGAUACGAUAGCGCUUAAAAAAAAACACCUCACAGGACUCAAGCCAGCAAAACAAAUACAAACACACUAUAGCAAUGAAUGAAUUUAGUGUGGCAAAUAUAACUGACCAACCAAACAAA